CUUAACACUACACCGACACUAGAAAGAAAACAAAAGAAAAAAAAAAACCCUAGAAGAGCGUCACUAAACUCGAUUCAAGACUUCGAAACCAUGGUUGCGAAUAGAGAGAAUCUUGAUCCGACGAUGGAUAAGGCGGCGGCGAACUGUCUGAUGUUGUUAUCGAGAGUUGGUGGCGGCGGUGGUGAAGGAACAGCUUUAAAAGAGAAACGAGUUUUCAGAUGCAAGACUUGUAAGCGAGAGUUCUCUUCGUUCCAAGCUUUAGGAGGUCACCGUGCGAGCCACAAUAAACCCACUAAUAACGGUGACUAUACUUCAAUUCCUGGAUCACCUAAGAAGAAGCCGCCGACUAAAACGACGACGACGAUUCAUAUUUGUCCGAUUUGUGGUUUGGAUUUUCCGAUGGGACAAGCACUUGGUGGUCAUAUGAGGAAGCAUAGGAACGAGAAAGAAAAAGCCUCAAACAACGAGUUGGUUACGCGAUCUUUCUUGCCGGAGAACGCAACGCUAACGACGACGACUCUGAAGAAAUCGAGUAGUAGUGGGAAGAGAGUUGCGUGUUUGGAUUUCGCCGACUUAGCUGCGGUGGAUACUUUGGUCAAUACGAAUUUGGAGUUGGGUAGAACGAUGUAUUGACACACUUUCGUAUCCGUUAGGUUUUUGUUAGUUUCGUAGAUUAACAAACAUAUUGCGUAGAGCUUUUACAUGGUUUAAUAGUCUUCUGAUGUUUUAUUUUAUCUUUACAGAUCGAUGUGAAUACAGAUCUAUAUACUAU